UGCUCAGUAGUAGCAGCUAACGGGCUCGAGUUGAUGUCGUUUUUGUGACGCUUAUUACUGGGGCAGUGGAACACUUGUGAACAACUUGUAUACCUGCGUUAUCUCAAACUGCUGUUACCGUCUCGUUUGUUGCAUUUUAUAAGUUAUUGUUUCGCAUGGAGUCCGUCUCGAUAGUGUUAAGGUUGUUCUCGGACAGCAGAGCUCGCAGCUAAUGUUAGCUCUCCGUCGCAUCGUGCGUGCUGAAGCUCGGCGCUGCUGUUAACCAGCUGACGGACAUUCAGAUUCAAUAAUGGGUCUUAUAUUCGCCAAACUGUGGAGUUUCUUCUGUAAUCAAGAGCACAAGGUGAUAAUUGUUGGACUAGACAAUGCAGGGAAAACCACGAUACUCUACCAAUUUCUGAUGAAUGAGGUGGUCCAUACGUCACCCACCAUUGGCAGUAACGUGGAAGAAAUAGUGGUGAAAAAUACUCAUUUCUUAAUGUGGGACAUCGGAGGACAGGAGUCUCUCAGGUCAUCCUGGAACACCUACUACUCCAACACAGAGUUCAUUAUUCUGGUGGUGGACAGCACAGACAGAGAGAGGUUGGCCAUCUCUAAAGAAGAGCUCUACAGGAUGCUGGCUCAUGAGGACCUGCGGAAAGCAGCUGUGUUGAUAUUUGCUAACAAGCAGGAUAUGAAGGAUUGCAUGUCUGCUGCAGAGAUCUCCAAAUACCUCACCCUGAGCUCCAUCAAAGACCAUCCCUGGCACAUCCAGUCAUGCUGUGCACUCACAGGAGAGGGUUUAUGUCAAGGCCUGGAGUGGAUGACAUCCAGGGCUGGACUAAGAUAACCUCUCCCUUGACAAAGGAUCGCUUUCGAAUACCUGCACCACUUGUAAGGUACAACAGCGUGUCCUUACUGGCCAUUUUUUUUUUUAUUACAUGCUUUUGAGAGAUGUACCAGCUCCACAGUGUGGGAAAAUCCAAACUCGUCUCCUCAUUUUGAGGUCAAAAUCCAUCAGUGGGAAUGUGAGCAUAAUUAACUCAACUGGUUGUAGAACCAGUUAUUGCUUGUAAAGGAGUAGGAAUCAAGUGCAGAAUGUGUCUCAGUUCAAAACAGGUCUGCACUGGACAAUGAAAAACACUAGAGACACCAUGUUAGACUUCCCCAUGUGACAUCGAAUAUACCAUGGACUGAUGUCUGACUUGGGAAUCAAGCAUCCUUUUUGCCUCUUUACAAAUUUGUUCAUGUUGUGGACAAUCUGGGACAUUAUGACUUGGAAGCAGUAUUGUAAAACCAGUUUUGAUCCAGUUUUAAUGGGUAUAUGAUGGCGCUAUUUUUUUUUUUUCUCUACUGUGAAUUGUUUUCCAUGUCUCAACCUAAUUCAGCCAAUGUAUGUUACAUCUCAGUGUCAUAAGCUACAUUACUGGUGGACUUUGUCACAACAUAUUGUGCCCUGUUAUUAUGUGGUCAAUCUUUAAUGUCCCUCCUUACUUUGACCAUAAAAACCAAAUGGUCCAGAUUUCAAAUGCUUGGAUUAAAAAAAAAAAAAAAGUUCAGAGAAAUCUCACCUCAUUCAAAUGCGAGACUUGUUUUAUAACAGUAUUUUGUCAGUGCCAUAUUGUAACUUUUAAAAUUUACUUUUGAGCUGUGGCAGAUUCCAUCAUGACCUGUUUUAUAAAAAGAUAAGCAGUGGUUCUUCACAAGCCUU